UUUCACUUUUUCAGUUCGCAAUUUUGUUAGCAUAAACCCUAAAUAAAACACUCUUGAAAUUGAAAUCCAACAAAGAAGUUGAAGUUGAAGAGAAGAUAGAAAUCAUAUCAAUCCUAUCAGCUAAAUUUGUAUCCUGAAUUGUCGUCUUCAUUGAGGUGUAUCUGUUUUGAGUAGAUUGUUUAGUCUUGGUUACUCUUGGAGUGGAAGUGGUAGGGAUGGAUGAAGAGAAUGUAUUGGGAAAGAGCGAAAAGAAGAAGCACAAAAGAAACAAGGAGAAUGACGAUUUUAGCAAUUCCGAAGUACCCAAAGAGAAGAAGAAGAAGCACAGGAAAAGCGAGGAAAUAGAGACUUUAACUGCCUCAGAAAUACCUACAGAGAAGAAGAAGAAGCACAAGAGAAACAAGGAAGUAGAGGCUUUGAGCUCUUCAGAAGUACCUACGGAGGAAACGAAGAAGAAGAAGCACAACAAAAGCAAGGAAAAAGAGGCUUCGAGCUCUUCAGAAGUACCUACAGAGGAGACGAAGAAGAAGCACAGGAAAAGCGAGGAAAAAGAGGCUUUAAUUACCCCAGAAGUACCUACAGAGAAGAAAAAAAAGAAGAAGAAGCACGAGAGAAACAAUGAGAAAGAGGCUUUAAGUACCUCAUAAGUACCUACAGAUGUGGGAGGUGAGAAGGGGUCUGAGGAGAAAGAAGGUGGGUCUGAUAAUGGGAGAGAAGAAAGUGGUAAACACAAAAAGAAGAAACACAAGGAAAGGGUUACGGAGUGCAAUGAUGUAGAAUGUGCAACUGAUGAAGCGGCUUCUCAAGGGAAGGAUCACAGUGAUGUGAGCGGUGAGGU